CCUUUUAAGGCCGGUAACUAAUUAAUGAGGACAGCCAAAGAUUAAGCGAAAAACAAAUGAUAAAGAAUUAAGGAAGCAGCGCCUUGCCGAAGGCUCGGUUCCGGUCUCGUUGUCUCCGUGCCGACUGACGCACGUCUUCUCCGCCGUCUUCGUCUCGUUGGAGGUCGAGAUCCGAGGAAGAGGAGGUGGAGGAGAGCCCUCGAGAUCUGAGGAAGGAUGUCGUACGCUUACCUCUUUAAGUAUAUCAUAAUUGGAGAUACGGGGGUUGGAAAAUCAUGCCUGCUAUUGCAAUUCACUGACAAGCGCUUCCAACCUGUGCAUGACUUGACUAUUGGUGUUGAGUUUGGAGCUAGGAUGAUUACAAUUGACAACAAGCCCAUAAAGCUGCAGAUAUGGGAUACGGCAGGCCAAGAAUCCUUCAGAUCAAUUACACGGUCCUACUAUAGAGGGGCUGCUGGUGCGCUGCUAGUUUAUGACAUUACCAGGAGGGAGACGUUUAAUCAUCUUGCAAACUGGCUGGAAGAUGCAAGGCAACAUGCAAAUGCUAAUAUGACAAUAAUGCUGAUUGGGAACAAAUGUGAUCUGGCUCACAGAAGAGCUGUCAGCACAGAGGAAGGGGAGCAGUUUGCCAAAGAGCAUGGACUGAUCUUUAUGGAAGCCUCUGCAAAAACUGCACAAAAUGUUGAGGAGGCAUUUAUUAGCACAGCAGCAACAAUCUACAAGAAAAUCCAGGAUGGGGUCUUUGACGUAUCAAAUGAGUCUUAUGGUAUCAAAGUUGGAUAUGGUGGAAUUCCUGGCCCAUCAGGAGGUAGAGAUGGCUCCUCUUCCCAAGCUGGUGGCUGCUGCAGUUGAACACCUGCCCCAGAAUGAGAUCCCAUUACUAGGAAGGAUCCUCUUCUGUGGCUGUCUCGAUUCAGUCUCUCUGUGUUCUCCUGCUGUUCCAUUUACAAUUGUAGCCUGCACUUCUGUAACGUGCAUAAGUAAAAUGAAAAACGUUGUAUAGUCUCCUCUCUCCUAUCACCUUUGUCCAUCCAUUUGCAACUGUUUGAAUAUCAUCCAGCCAUCUAUAUGUGAUUGAGAAGCAUAUGUGAUUAGAUUUGUCCUUUUUUUU